CAAGAAUGACACUCCGUCUCAAAAAUAAUUAAUAAAUAAAUAAAUAAAUAAACAGACAGGAUGAACUGAGGUGGCCAAGAAGAGUGACACUCCGUCUCAAAAAUAAAAAAUAAAUAAAUAAAUAAACUGACAGGAUGAACUGAGGUGGCCAAGGCAUCAGUAAUAGGUGGAAAGAACCCUGGACUAAAAUGGGAGACUAGAGUUCCCCCAAUGACUCUACCCUGAAGUCAUUCGUUCUCCCUGGGCCUCAGCUUCUUGUUUGUAAAAUGAAGGGAUUAGAUUAGAUAUCUUAUAACUUCCUUCUAGCUCCAUCAGGCUAUGCCUCUUGUGAAUAUUCAUAUAUUGAAUUGAAAUAAAGCCAAUUUAUUUUAAAUUUAUGAUUAAUUUAACUUUUCAAAUGGAAAUGAUUGCCUCUACCAAAAAUAAUUCUAACUUACAAUUCCUAUUUCUGUUACAGGUAAGAACUACUGAGAAAACACCAUCACUAACUAGAAGAAUUGAUGAUACCAUCUUCCAAAAUCCUAUGGUACAGGAAGCUAUACGAAUGGGGUUCAGUUUCAAGGACAUUAAGAAAAUAAUGGAGGAAAAAAUUCAGAUAUCUGGGAGCAACUAUAAAUCACUUGAGGUUCUGGUUGCAGAUCUAGUGAAUGCUCAGAAAGACAGUACGCAAGAUGAGUCAAGUCAGACUUCAUUACAGAAAGAGAUUAGUACUGAAGAGCAGCUAAGGCGCCUGCAAGAGGAGAAGCUUUGCAAAAUCUGUAUGGAUAGAAAUAUUGCUAUUGUUUUUGUUCCUUGUGGACAUCUAGUCACUUGUAAACAAUGUGCUGAAGCAGUUGACAAGUGUCCCAUGUGCUACACAGUCAUUACUUUCAAGCAAAAAAUUUUUAUGUCUUAAUCUAACUCUGUAGUAGGCAUGUUAUGUUCUUCUUAUUACCCUGAUUGAAUGUGUGAUGUGAACUGACUUUUAAGUAAUCAGGAUUGAAUUCCAUUAGCAUGUGCUACCAAGUAGAAAAAAAAUGUACAUGGCAGUGUUUUAGUUGGCAAUAUAAUCUUUGAAUUUCUGGGUUUUUCAGGGUAUUAGCUGUAUUAUUUAUCCAGUUUUUUUUACUGUUAUUUAAUUGAAACCCUAGACUAAGAAGCAUCAUAUUAUAACUGAACACAAUGUGUAUUCAUCAUAUACUGACUUAAUUUCUAAGUGUAAGUGAAUUAAUCAUCUGGAUUUUUUAUUCUUUUCAGAGAGGCUUAACAAAUGGAGCUUUCUGUAUAUAAAUGUGGAGAUUAGAGUUAAUCUCCCCAAUCACAUAAUUUGUUUUGUGUGAAAAAGGAAUAAUUGUUCCAUGCUGGUGGAAAGAUAGAGAUUAUUUUUAGA